UGAGUUUUCAUAAAACUUGGAUAAUUGAUUAACUGAAAUGGCAUCAGAAGUACCACAGGCCCAGACUGGCUCUCAGUCACACAACACCGCCGAAACUAAAUCUGGAAUUAAGCCCAGUCUGGCCAAUUCCAUCGAUAAUGUUGAAGCUAAUACUGGAAGCAGCGUUGGCUCCAAUAAGCCAAUUUCCAAUGUCGAAUCAGAUGAGGUUAUAAAAGACAAGUCCAAGAUUGAUUUCACUGAGGGUGGUAACUUCAAGUUUUAUCCAGAUAAUCCCGAAAACCAUCGUCACAAAUACAGAUGGGUCAAUAAGGAGCCAUCCAAGUUCUACGAUCCAUGUGAAGAAAGUAGACAAGCAUCAAUGAACUGUGUAUUACGAAACCAGCUUGAUAAGACCGUCUGUCAAGAUUUCUUUGAUGCUUAUACCGAAUGUAAGACUGAUUUUUUCAAAAAGAAAAAUAAAGAUAGACGUCAAGGUAAAGGUGGUUGGGGAUUCUGGGAUUGAUCGUCUGAAUCUCAUUAACGAUUUUACGAUUAAGU